CGUGGCCGCGCGCGCUCCGCUCUGGUCCCCGGGAUAAAUCCGGGGCGCGAGGCGGGCGCGCGGCUGAGUCGCGGAGGGAGGAAGUCAGGAAACGUUGCUUGUUGCUCCGAUUGGAGGGCGCUGCUUUUUUUUGCCAUUCCCGCUGGCCUUGGGGUUGCCUUGAGCUGAACCAUGGACUGGCAGUUUGCUCUCUUGUUUGUUGCCUUGACGUCAACAUGUAUGUGCUUCCCACCAAAUCCCAUGUCUCUAGAGGAACUGGGCUCAGAUAUUGGAAUCCAAGUUUUCAAUCAACUGGUCAAAAGCAGACCUAAGGAUAAUGUUGUGGUUUCUCCACAUGGGAUUGCAUCAGUUCUUGGAAUGCUCCAGCUAGGAGCUGAUGGCAAGACAAAGAAGCAGCUGACUACAGUGAUGAGAUACAGUGUAAAUGGAGUUGGCAAAGUGCUGAAGAAGAUCAACAAAGCCAUAGUGGCAAAGAGGAAUAAAGAUCUUGUAACAAUUGCAAAUGCAGUCUUUGCAAAAAGUGGCUUGAAAAUGGAAGUGCCUUUUGUUUCCAGAAACAAUGAUGUGUUUCAGUGCAGUGUCAAGAGCAUUGACUUUGAGGACAAAGACUCUGCCUGUGAUACUGUUAACCACUGGGUCAGAAAUAAAACCAAGGGUAUGAUAGACAGCAUUUUGUCUCCAGACGAUAUUGACAGUGCUCUGACCAGGCUGAUAUUGGUCAAUGCAAUAUAUUUUAAGGGAUUAUGGAAGUCACGUUUUCAGCCAGAAAACACAAAAAAGCGAACGUUUACUGCAGCUGAUGGAAAGACUUACCAAGUACCUAUGCUAGCCCAGUUAUCAGUGUUCCGAUGUGGCACAACAAGUACUCCUAAUGACUUAUGGUAUAAUAUAAUUGAGUUGCCAUACCAUGGUGAGACUAUCAGUAUGCUGAUUGCCCUGCCCACAGAAAGCACGACUCCUCUGUCUGCCAUUAUUCCUCACAUUAGCACGAAAACUAUACAGAGUUGGAUGACAACUAUGGUACAAAAGAGAGUACAAGUCAUUUUACCAAAGUUUACAGUGGAAGCAGAAACAGAUCUAAAAGAACCUCUACAAGAGCUUGGGAUUCGGGAUAUGUUUGAACAAUCAAAAGCAAACUUUUUAAAAAUAACAAGAACAGCAAGCAUUCAUGUAUCUCAGAUAUUACAAAAAGCAAAAAUUGAAGUGAGUGAAGAUGGAACCAAAGCAUCUGCAGCAACAACUGCAAUUUUAAUAGCCAGGUCAUCACCACCUUGGUUUGUAGUAGACAGGGCAUUUGUUUUCUUCAUACGACACAAUCCAACAGGUGCAGUUUUGUUUAUGGGACAAGUCAACAAACCUUGAACGUCAGAAGAACAUUGCCUUCUGAAACAAAUUUAAAAAUGGAUGCCCGUGUUCUGUUAAAUAUUUUUGUACACUAUUCUUUGGCUACAAACUAGCUUCUAUGGUUGGUGAACUAGGUUUUCAAAAGGAGUCUUAAGUAGCUCUCUGUGGAAAAGUUGAAUGCCUUUUUCAAAACAAUGUAAAGAUUCUUAAAACUACUGAGAAGUUCAUUGCGCUAACAACCUCUGAAUUUUUUUUGGGUUUGAGUAGUUUGUAUUGUGAUUUGAAAAGUCUUUAGCCAGAGUUGGAACUAAAGGGACAACUUUGAUUUGUUGUUAUUUUUUUGGUUCCAUUUUGUAUAUGCCCUUCUACUACUACUGUUGUCAGUGGAGUAGUUUAAUGAGGCAUUGCCAUUAAAAACAAAUUUAAAACUUUAGCCAUGUUUAUUUUAUAUUGUGCAUGCAUUGCUGAGACUCAAACAACUAAUGUCCCCGUUAACUCCUUUUCGUUGAUGUAAUGUAAACUUUCAUUGCUAGUAUACACUUUCUAUGGAUUUAAAUUUUAUAUUUUUUGUACAAAGGGAAAAAAAUAAAUGCAUUACAAACAGUUAAAAAACAGUAUAGUGUCAAAGUGAUGUCGGUGGGAGAUUAUUAGUUGUAUUUCAGGGAGUUGAAUGGUAUUUUCAAUUGCCAAGUGGAAAAUUUGGUGGAAUAUUGCUGUGUUCUCAUAUGUCUUUAGCACUUUCUUCAAAGAAUGACCAGCAAUUUAGAAUAUCUCUGUUCAAUUGCUUUUCUGAAGUGUUCCAGGAGAUUCUGUCCAGCUAACUUAAAAUAUUACUACUAAACUCAUAUGUUUUACUUGCAAGAUUUAAAAAAAAAUCAAAACCAGCAACUUCUUUCAUAAAGAUCCCAGUUAUGCGCACUCACACCAUUAAUAACGAUGUUUUGGUUUUUUAAUGUUGACAUUUUUGGAUAAAGAUAUUUUGAGCAAAUCAAAAACCAUUGUGUUUGACAGAUCCUUGGUUCUGUUGAUUUUUGUGUGGGUUCUAACUAAACUAAAUCGUCUCCAUCUGCUAAAUUAACCUCCCUUAGUUGAGACCCAACAAUUUCAGUCAACCCGUUUAGGUAUGAUUUUCAUGAAUGCUAACUUGGAUAUUGUAAAAUGCAAGCUGCUUCUAGUAUUAAAUUGGUGAUGAUGAGGCAUAUUGUCUCCUGUGGCAAGAAUACAUUCUCAAGAAAUCUAGUGAGCUUUCUCUGUUAAGUUUUAAAAUUACAUUUAAUACAAGAAAGGUUAUUUUCAGCACAGAUUGUACCUAUUAAACUUGUUUUGGAAUGUUCCAGCUUGUACUUCUGAUGGUCUUUUGUAAUUCUCAUUUGUAAUUCCUAGAUCUUCAAUUUCCCCCAGUAUUCAGUCAAAGCAGAUUCAAGCCAAACAUUUUUCAGACUUUACAUAACUUAUGAUAAUUUGUUACAGAGAACUUCAAAAUCAGUUGCACUUUUCUACCAGGUGCUUUUUGGCACUUGCUUUAUGACUGCGUGGUAGGAAUGGAAACUUGGGAAGUAGGUGGUCCUAUUUUGGUUGACUAUAAAGGAAUUUUAGAACAGGUUGGAGUCUGGUGGCUGAACAGUGAUACCAGCAAAUUACUAUUUUACAUUGCACGAGAUCAGGCAUAGGCAAACGUUGGCCCUCCAGGUGUUUUGGAUUUCAACUCCCACAAUUCCUAACAGCCAGUAUGCUAUUAGGAAUUGUCCAAAACACUUAGAGGGCUGAUGUUUGCCCAUGCCUGCACUAGAGUUUUUUUCCUCUUUAUCUAAAAAGGCAGGAAUAAACUAGGUUGCUGCUGUGACAUGUUCUAAAGCCUAAAGUUGGGUUCUUGGAUUAUUCUGCAAGCUUUGGAUUAAACCAGGAUUAACUCAGCUACUCCAUCCUAAAUGUGUGAACUAUAGUUCCCCAAAUCAGCAGAUUCAGUGAUAAUGAGAUUAUUGGGAGUGGUGUUGAGAACUUCUGGAGAAUAUCAAGUUGCCUAUUCCUAGGGAACUAAUAAACCAUAGUUAAUGGGAACAAAUCAGUGGCUGAAACUACAGUCUGAUUCUGGCUUGAUUUUUAAACAAUAUUUUAAACACAGUUCUCGUGUAAAAGUAAAAAUGAAAGUUCUGGAGCUCCCUGUGGUAAGGGCCAAAUAAUAGAAAAGAGCAUGCAACCUCAUUCAUAUAGCGGGACACAUGCACAUGGAAUGACUUAUAAAACAUAGCCCAGUGAAUUCAUGCACGAGUAUUUCUGAAUCCAUGCUCAAUAACAUUAGGUUAUUUGCAUUAGGCUGCUAUCAAACUUCUUCAUGCUUGUUUUUCAUUAGCCUAUUCUUGUUCAAUGAAACCUAUAGUGGUCAUGGGCUUGAUAACUUUUUUCUGCUUUUAAGUAACUAACUGGCCUAAUUUUUUAAAAGGAUAUCCUUUAGAUUGCUCAGUAAUAGGUAGCAAAAUCACAUGUCCGCUCAUGUAAGUUUUAGAAAUAACUCAUCCUGAAGACAUGUUUUUCAAUAUUCCAGUAAGGAAUUGUGAUAAGCAAGACAUGGGAGAAGAUUUAUACUAAUCAGUGCAGAGAUUUUAAACACUGGUCAUUCAAAGUGACCCCCCCCCCCCCCCCCUUACCUUGGUAUUUGGGUUGUUGCUGAAUCUGUGUGAUUAAUGCAGCUUCCUAUGGCUUCUGAGCAUCAGGUUCAUUGAACUGCAGUCUUAUGUCCUGAAAUCAUUUGUGUAUGUAUUGGAAAUUAUGGAAGUCAGCUUUGAUGUCUCCUAGGUAAUAUUUAAACAUGUAAAAGUUGUAAUGUGUUUUACUGAAAACGAAUUUCUUCAAGUGAGAAAUCAGAAUGUUUUAACUUGCUUUCUGAGAUUUAAUUUCAGAGUUUUUUUAAAAAUGGUUACAGCACCAUCUUGUGGACAGAUUGCCGAUAUAAUAUUGAAUAAAACCAUUAUUUCUGUUUA